CAAGAUUUCGAAACCGCUUGCGCCAAAGAUACUAUGCAAGAAGAGGCAAGACCAUUGACCCAGAAACCCUGUUAAAUGAAACAGGUACUGCCGACAUGGUCGUCUGUAAGAUUGCCAGCAAGUCAAAUAAAGUCGUUCAUCAAAACAUGCCAUCUGUGAAUGAUGAUGUUGUUGAUAAUGAAAAUUCAACAGUGAUAGAGGUCACAGUAGACGACAAACUUGUUGAAAAAUACGUGACAUGCAUCAUAGACAAGGCAGCCGACACUCUGAGGCAGGAGUUGCCUAGCAACACAAAGACCGUGACAGUGAGGCCAGCAGACGACAACAUAUCAUUGUCCUCCAGUAUCAUCAGUCAAAUCGCUGAUAUGGCUGUAACGGAGAGCUUGUCAAACAUUGUGGCAGAUGCCGACAUCAACCACUCUGCUAUUAGAGCUCCCAGAACUGUCACAGAAUUCAAAGAAGCAUUUGGCAUAACCGGAUGUGACAUCACUGAUGAUGGUCUUCCACCUGUAAGUGAGUAAGAUUAAAAGAAGAGGAAAGAAACUACGUGCAUAUGUGUUUAUGUUGGUUUUGUUUUGUUGUUUCGUUUUGAUUUUUUGUUAUUUAUGGUUUGUUUUGCUUAUCUCGUUUUUUUAUAGUAUUAUUUUUGUCUUUCCAUGUUCUGCUCAGGCAUCGAUUUUAUAUCUUUAAAUAUUAAUGUCAUAAACAUGUUUCUGAAUUUUAUUCUUACUAAUAAAGUCCAUUGAAAC